AGUGUCAAGUUAUAUUUAAAGCGGUAGACGCCGUUGGCGAUGGACUACAAUUUUAUGGAGUCGAGUGUAUUAUUACUAUACUUGACCAGCUAUAAUUGUGUGGUGGUGUUCUUGGCCGUCAGGGAUAACUAACGCCUUUCUUUCCAGUCAUGGAUUUGUCGAAUUGUGAUUGCUGAGAGAUAACAUCGGUCGGGAUUUGUUCACUUCUCUAUAGCUUUGAAUCAUUCUAUUUUCGUAUAAGGGAAAUUGAGUGGUAUUUUUAUUUCGUAAUUAAAAGUCGUCAGUGGCAAUAGCAGUUUAUUAUUGGAACAAAAGGAUGACUUCUCUAGUCAGUCGAGAAGGUGUGGAUGCUGAAGUUGGCCAAUCGAAAAUUGUAGCUUCCGGUCUCAAGAAUUCCCGAAACAAAUCUUCGAUCGGAUUUAUUUACACAGCCGUCAGAAAUUUGUCCAAUCAACCGACAUCGCCACCGUCCAUUCCCAAGCCGAUUGAGGUCAAGUCUCAUCAAAAGGAAAAACCUGCAGCUCACGAUGGGAAUGAAUCAAAACCAGUGAAAGUCCAGACGACAGCCGAGUCACGAGAAAGUGGAGAGCUGGAAAUAAGCGGCUCAUCAACGGUUAUGGAAGAAGCGAAAAAAGAACUGGAAUCUCUUUUGAAACCCUCCAAAGUGAAACUGAAUCAAGUCGUGGCAAUAAGGCAGAAUUUGCGAAACGAAAAUCAAAUUACUUUGGCAACUAACCAUCAGCCAAUCAAUAACCAAAUGUCACUGAUGCCGUCGUUAAGUGCUGGCCAAGAUAGUGGACCACAUCAUCCACAUAAUCCCUCGGAGAAAGCCAUCAAAUUAUGGAAAGAGCACGGCAAGCAGGCUACUGUGGACAUGCUUAGUGCUCUAUACGGCAUUAUUUUGGUAGUUAUGGGCGUGGCUUUUCCUACUUCUCAAGUCAUUUCCAUCAAGAUCCCAUCUCACUACUACGAGGGCUUCUACGCUUAUCUCUACUUUGUGUCCAUCGGUUUCUUUGGUUACAUUUACGUCCUCUUGAAAACCCAAUUCAACUCGUUUACGUGGAAAAGAAGUUGGCAUCAACUGGCACUGCGUCACAAUAAGACACCCGAAACAAAAGCUGAAGACGAUUGCGCCUUUGAUGAAAAUCGAGUUUUAUCCAUGGAGGAUAUCAUGACCAAUCGACUCCGGGUGACUCUUGGCAAACAACUCGAUCCCAGACGAAAUACAAAUCACGGAUCUUUUUACCUACGCAUGGGAGCCGUCGUAUUUGGAGUUGGCUCAAUGAUCUAUUCGGGACUGGAAUUCGCCCAAUACUUUGAAAGUUCGUCCAAUCCGUUGUGCAAUGACGUCAUGAUUGCAGUCCAGCCAGCCUCUCGUAUGCUCUUCACCUUUUUCCAAAUGUAUUUCGUUUUCCUGAACGCAAAGAUUCAAAUCAUCAAGAACAGCAACGUCAUUGUGGCUCGUUUCGGAAUGAUGCACAUCGUAGCCACGAACCUCUGCGUCUGGCUCAACGUCAUCGUCCAGGAGACCAAACACGAGAUCCUCGAGCAACAAGGGGAACUCGGCCAUCACCAGGUGUCUGCUGGACACGCUGAAGAGCCCCUACAAAUAGCAGAUGCGCAGACCGCUCCUAACGUUUCAUCCGCAGUUGGACACUGGUUGAAUCAAACAGUUGGCGCCGUUUUGGAUCCUGUCCAGCAGGAAGGAAAUCAAUUCCAUCAUCAGUUGAGCGAGCGGUCGUUGUCGGACGAAUGCCAUCGCUCAGAUUUAAUGGGAACACUGACGCAGAAUGCCAGUCCAUUUCUGUUUCCAUGUGCAAUUGAAUAUUCGCUCAUUUGCGCUGCCAUCAUGUACGAGAUCUGGAAGCACACUGGGAAAGAUUGUCACAACAGGUUGAUGCUGGUCCAUGGAAUAAACGAUUCGCCGGCCGGCACACGAACGCCUAGGACUCCCGGCGGAAGCUAUCACCCGUGUUCGCAACGUCGCUCCCCUCACCACUAUUCCGUCGAUUGCACCAACGCCAACAAGGGCCUAUUCUUCGGAAUCUUUGUCUUGGUACUAAGCAUUCUGGCCAUGAUCCUGUUUUUCGUCCUCAUCCAUCGGGAGGACUACAAAAGUGUUGCCAUCACCAUCAUCCAUGUGGCCGAGUUCGUUCUCUACAUGAUGACGUUGAUUGCCGUCUUGAUUGGAAUCAAACAAGUGAACCAGUUGCAAUUUGACACUUCUCAUCCGCUGGAUCUCGACAACAUUUUGCUGAUUGUGGCUUUUACUGGAGUCAUUGCUUACAACGUUUUUACCAUCGUCGGGACCCAGUUCAGCGACCACCCGGACAGGAUCUUGGUGCUGAUGAACGCCUUGACGGCCGUCGUGCAGGCCGUUGCUCAAACCGUGUUCGUCCUCGGCUCUUCCAAGCGCCAUCUCUACACCCGACGCCAGGAGCAGAGCAAACCUGGCCGUGAAGUUAUCACUUUCCUAAUGGUCACCAACUUUGUGAUGUGGGCAAUUAUAACGUUGGAAAAGAGCCGAGUGGACGCCCAUCCGGUGCAAUCGCAAUUUUUCGGCCAGUGGCCUUGGACUAUCAUCACUAAUAUCAGCUCUCCACUGGCCAUUUUCUAUCGGUACCACUCGACAGUUUGCCUCUGCGAGUUAUGGAAGCGCUGCUACAAAAUCACGGAGAGAUUGAACCACAGCAGUCAUCUGCUUCAACAGCAGCAGCACGCCAGCGUGUAGUUAUUACACCAGUGUUUUUCCCUCGUCUAUACUGUUAUUUCUACAGCUUCUCCAAUCAUUUCUAAAAAGGUUAACAAAAUAAAAACAAUGUACAAAAGGUA